CUGAUUUCAGAUUACGAAAGUUUUGGUUGCUAUAAAGACACCCACGUUCGUGCAAUCGAUACGUUAGAAGGAAAAGAUCCUAUUCUUGAUGGUAGUUACGGGCAACGAAAAGACCCUAUCACAAAAUGCGCCGUGGCUGCUAUGAGAGCGGGUUACAGCAUGUUUGCAGUUCAGAAUGGUGGAUGGUGUGCGUCAAGCAGAUUGGCCGAGGAGACGUUCAACAAGUAUGGCAGAUCGUCUGCUUGUUGGUCGGAUGGUGAAGGCGGACCUUGGGCAAAUCAGGUUUAUGAAUUGAAAGGUAAAUUACUAAACUUGUAGUUCGAAAAUGAGAAGAGUUGUUUUCUUUAAGAUGGAGAAAAUAUAAGGCUGAAACAAGAGUGUUUCCAUGCAUAUAUUUUAUACUUUUUUUUGAAUCUGGGAUAUUCAGCCUUGAUCCAUGCAUUAAGAUCAAUUAAAAAAGGUACCAUAACAUUUGGUCUCAAUAUGAGGAAAUAUAUUUUGCGGUAAUGUUAAAUUUUUUUCCCCUAUGUCUGUGGAAAUUAAAUUAUUUAGUAAGAUUAGUCACCACUGGAGAUUACUGUAAAACAAGAGAAUAUAUACUGAUAGCAGUUAAUACUCUCUUGGUGUUAGGAUGCUACUUAAGAUAAAUAUGCUCUUUCUAGACUUUGAGAAUAAUGUCCAAUUUGUGGCUAAUUUAUUUUAUAGGUCCUCAAUUUGAAACAGUCGGGUGUUAUCAAGAUCGUGGUAGCCGUGCCAUACCAACACUCGAGAAUAAAGAACCCAUCCUUGAUGGUAACUACCGAACAAGGCAGAAAGCCAUCAAGAAAUGCUAUUACGCGGCUAAAAAGAGAGGAUUUAAGGUGUUUGCAGUUCAAGAUGGUGGGUGGUGUGCAUCUAGUCUCUCGGCGGCUAAGACUUUCAACAAAUAUGGCAGAUCGUCUGCCUGUAGGCAAGAUGGAGAAGGUGGACCUUGGGCUAAUCAAGUUUAUUACAUCAAAGGUUAGCUAUUAUUUACAAUAUUAACUAAAAAUUGCAUAGUUAUUUGGAUACCACUAUAGAACGACCUCAAAAUACGGAGGCUGAAAACAAAGAACAUUCAAACAGUAUGUCUCCAUAAAAGGUCACUGAGAUAUGUCUUGAUGUAUCUGUUUUGAUUUUGUGUCUGUUUGUUUCUUUGUUACCUUAUUUUUUUACAAAAACAAGUACGCCUGACCUGGCAAACCCUUUGAUUUAAUAAGUAACCUAAGGUAGAAAUCAUCCUUCACAAAAAUGAUUUAUCUCUUGGCUCAAACCCUGAUUGUUAUUAACUUCACCGAAACCUGUUUCGCGCUCGUCUGAUUUCAGAUUACGAAAGUUUUGGUUGCUAUAAAGACACCCACGUUCGUGCAAUCGAUACGUUAGAAGGAAAAGAUCCUAUUCUUGAUGGCAGUUACGGGCAACGAAAAGACCCUAUCGCAAAAUGUGCCGUGGCUGCUAUGAGGGCGGGUUACAGCAUGUUUGCAGUUCAGAAUGGCGGAUGGUGUGCGUCGAGCAGAUUGGCCGAGGAGACGUUCAACAAGUAUGGCAGAUCGUCUGCUUGUCGGUCGGAUGGUGAAGGCGGACCUUGGGCCAAUCAGGUUUAUGAAUUGAAAGGUAAAUUACUAAACUUGUAGUCCGCAAAUGAGAAGAGUUGUUUUCUUUAAGAUGGAGAAAAUAUAAGGCUGAAACAAGAGCUUUUCCAUGCAUAUAUUUUAUAUGUUUUGUUGAAUCUGGGAUAUUCAGCCUUGGUCAAAGCAUUAAGAUCAAUUAAAAAAAGUACCAUAGCAUUUGGUCUUAUUAUGAGCAAAUAUAUUUUGCAGUAAAGUUAAAUAUUUUCCCUUAUGUCUGUGGAAAAUGAAUUAUUGAGGAAGAUUAGUCACCACUGGAGUUUAGUGUAAAACAAGAGAAUAUAAACUGAUAGCAGUUAAUACUCUUUUGGUGGUAGGAUGCUACUUGAGAUAAAUAUGCUCUUUCUAGACUUUGAGAAUAAUGUCUAAUUCAUGAAUAAUUUAUUUUAUAGGUCCUCAAUUUGAAACAGUCGGGUGUUAUCAAGAUCGUGGUAGCCGCGCCAUACCAACACUCGAGAAUAAAGAACCCAUCCUUGAUGGUAACUACCAAACAAGGCAGAACGCCAUCAAGAAAUGCUAUUACGCGGCUAAAAAGAGAGGAUUUAAGGUGUUUGCAGUUCAAAAUGGUGGGUGGUGUGCAUCUAGUCUCCUGGCUGCUAAGACUUUCAACAAAUAUGGCAGAUCGUCGGCUUGUAGGCAAGAUGGAGAAGGUGGACCUUGGGCUAAUCAAGUUUAUUACAUCAAAGGUUAGCUAUUAUUUACAAUAUUUUACUAUGAAUUGCAUAGUUCUUUGGAUACCACUAUAGAACGACCUCAAAAUAGGGAGGCUGAAAACAAAGAACAUUCAAACAUUAUUUUUUCAUAUGAGGUCACUGAGAUAUGUCUUAAUGUAUCUGUUUUGAUUUUGUGUUUUUUUAUUGGUUUCUUACCUUUUUUUUUUUUUACCAAAACAAGUACGCCUGACCUGGCGAGACCUUUGAUUUAUUAGGUAACAUGAGGUAGUAGUCAUCCUUCACAAAAAUGAUUUAUCUCUUGGCUCAAACCCUGAUUGUUAUUAACUUCACCGAAACCUGUUUUACGCUCGUCUGAUUUCAGAUUACGAAAGUUUUGGUUGCUAUAAAGACACCCACGUUCGUGCAAUCGAUACGUUAGAAGGAAAAGAUCCUAUUCUUGAUGGCAGUUACGGGCAACGAAAAGACCCUAUCGCAAAAUGUGCCGUGGCUGCUAUGAGAGCGGGUUACAGCAUGUUUGCAGUUCAGAAUGGUGGAUGGUGUGCGUCGAGCAGAUUGGCCGAGGAGACGUUCAACAAGUAUGGCAGAUCGUCUGCUUGUCGGUCGGAUGGUGAAGGCGGACCUUGGGCCAAUCAGGUUUAUGAAUUGAAAGGUAAAUUACUAAACUUGUAGUCUGCAAAUGAGUAGAGUUAUUUUCUUUAAGAUGGAGAAAAUAUAACGCUGAAACAAGAGUUUUUCCAUGCAUAUAUUUUAUACGUUUUGUUGAAUCUGGGAUAUUCAGCCUUGAUCCAUGCAUUAAGAUCAAUUAAAAAAAGUACCAUAAUAUUUGGUCACAUUAUGAGCAAAUAUAUUUUGCAGUAAAGUUAAAUAUUUGACCUUAUGUCUGUGAAAAAUAAAUUAUUGAGGAAGAUUAGUCACCACUGGAGUUUAGUGUAAAACAAGAGAAUAUAAACUGAUAGCAGUUAAUACUCUUUUGGUAGGAUGCUACUUAAGAUAAAUAUGCUCUUUCUAGACUUUGAGAAUAAUGUCUUGUUCGUAAUUAAUUUAAUUUAUAGGUCCUCAAUUUGAAACAAUCGGGUGUUAUCAAGAUCGUGGUAGCCGCGCCAUACCAACACUCGAGAAUAAAGAACCCAUCCUUGAUGGUAACUACCAAACAAGGCAGAACGCCAUCAAGAAAUGCUAUUACGCGGCUAAAAAGAGAGGAUUUAAGGUGUUUGCAGUUCAAAAUGGUGGGUGGUGUGCAUCUAGUCUCCUGGCUGCUAAGACUUUCAACAAAUAUGGCAGAUCGUCUGCUUGUAGGCAAGAUGGAGAAGGUGGACCUUGGGCUAAUCAAGUUUAUUACAUCAAAGGUUAGCUAUUAUUUACAAUAUUUACUAUGAAUUGCAUAGUUAUUUGGAUACCACUAUAGAACGACCUCAAAAUAGGGAGGCUGAAAACAAAGAACAUUCAAACAUUAUUUUUUCAUAUGAGGUCACUGAGAUAUGUCUUGAUGUAUCUGUUUUGAUUUUGUGUUUUUUUAUUGGUUUCUUACCUUUUUUUUUUACCAAAACAAGUACGCCUGACCUGGCGAGACCUUUGAUUUAUUAAAUAACUUGAGGUAGUAGUCAUCCUUCACAAAAAUGAUUUAUCUCUUGGCUCAAACCCUGAUUGUUAUUAACUUCACCGAAACCUGUUUUACGCUCGUCUGAUUUCAGAUUACGAAAGUUUUGGUUGCUAUAAAGACACCCACGUUCGUGCAAUCGAUACGUUAGAAGGAAAAGAUCCUAUUCUUGAUGGUAGUUACGGGCAACGAAAAGACCCUAUCACAAAAUGUGCCGUGGCUGCUAUGAGAGCGGGUUACAGCAUGUUUGCAGUUCAGAAUGGUGGAUGGUGUGCGUCGAGCAGAUUGGCCGAGGAGACGUUCAACAAGUAUGGCAGAUCGUCUGCUUGUCGGUCGGAUGGUGAAGGCGGACCUUGGGCCAAUCAGGUUUAUGAAUUGAAAGGUAAAUUACUAAACUUAUAGUCCGCAAAUGAGAAGAGUUGUUUUCUUUAAGAUGGAGAAAAUAUAAGGCUGAAACAUGAGUUUUUCCAUGCAUAUAUUUUAUAUGUUUUGUUGAAUCUGGUAUAUUCAGCCUUGGUCAAAGCAUUAAGAUCAAUUAAAAAAAGUACCAUAACAUUUGGUCACAUUAUGAGCAAAUAUAUUUCGCAGUAAAGUUAAAUAUUUUCCCUUAUGUCUGUGAAAAAUAAAUUAUUGAGGAAGAUUAGUCACCACUGGAGUUUAGUGUAAAACAAGAGAAUAUAAACUGAUAGCAGUUAAUACUCUUUUGGUGGUAGGAUGCUACUUAAGAUAAAUAUGCUCUUUCUAGACUUUGAGAAUAACGUCUUAUUCGUAAUUAAUUUAAUUUAUAGGUCCUCAAUUUGAAACAGUCGGGUGUUAUCAAGAUCGUGGUAGCCGCGCCAUACCAACACUCGAGAAUAAAGAACCCAUCCUUGAUGGUAACUACCAAACAAGGCAGAACGCCAUCAAGAAAUGCUAUUACGCGGCUAAAAAGAGAGGAUUUAAGGUGUUUGCAGUUCAAAAUGGUGGGUGGUGUGCAUCUAGUCUCCUGGCUGCUAAGACUUUCAACAAAUAUGGCAGAUCGUCUGCUUGUAGGCAAGAUGGAGAAGGUGGACCUUGGGCUAAUCAAGUUUAUUACAUCAAAGGUUAGCUAUUAUUUACAAUAUUUACUAUAAAUUGCAUAGUUAUUUGGCUACCACUAUAGAACGACCUUUAAAUAGGGAGACUGAAAACAAAGAACAUUCAAACAUUAUUUUUUCAUAUGAGGUCACUGAGAUAUGUCUUGAUGUAUCUGUUUUGAUUUUGUGUUUUUUUAUUGGUUUCUUACCUUUUUUUUACCAAAAUAAGUACGCCUGUCCUGGCGAGACUUUUGAUUUAAUAAGUAACUUGAGGUAGAAGUCAUCCUUCACAAAAAUGAUUUAUCUCUUGGCUCAAACCCUGAUUGUUGUUAUCUUCACCGAAACCUGUUUAACGCUCGUCUGAUUUCAGAUUACGAAAGUUUUGGUUGCUAUAAAGACACCCACGUUCGUGCAAUCGAUACGUUAGAAGGAAAAGAUCCUAUUCUUGAUGGCAGUUACGGGCAACGAAAAGACCCUAUCGCAAAAUGUGCCGUGGCUGCUAUGAGGGCGGGUUACAGCAUGUUUGCAGUUCAGAAUGGUGGAUGGUGUGCGUCGAGCAGAUUGGCCGAGGAGACGUUCAACAAGUAUGGCAGAUCGUCUGCUUGUCGGUCGGAUGGUGAAGGCGGACCUUGGGCCAAUCAGGUUUAUGAAUUGAAAGGUAAAUUACUAAACUUAUAGUCCGCAAAUGAGAAGAGUUGUUUUCUUUAAGAUGGAGAAAAUAUAAGGCUGAAACAAGAGCUUUUCCAUGCAUAUAUUUUAUAUGUUUUGUUGAAUCUGGUAUAUUCAACCUUGGUCAAAGCAUUAAGAUCAAUUAAAAAAAGUACCCUAACAUUUGGUCUUAUUAUGAGCAAAUAUAUUUUGCAGUAAAGUUAAAUAUUUUCCCUAAUGUCUGUGAAAAAUAAAUUAUUGAGGAAGAUUAGUCACCACUGGAGUUUAGUGUAAAACAAGAGAAUAUAAACUGAUAGCAGUUAAUACUCUUUUGGUGGUAGGAUGCUACUUAAGAUAAAUAUGCUCUUUCUAGACUUUGAGAAUAAUGUCUUAUUCGUAAUUAAUUUAAUUUAUAGGUCCUCAAUUUGAAACAGUCGGGUGUUAUCAAGAUCGUGGUAGCCGCGCCAUACCAACACUCGAGAAUAAAGAACCCAUCCUUGAUGGUAACUACCAAACAAGGCAGAACGCCAUCAAGAAAUGCUAUUACGCGGCUAAAAAGAGAGGAUUUAAGGUGUUUGCAGUUCAAAAUGGUGGGUGGUGUGCAUCUAGUCUCCUGGCUGCUAAGACUUUCAACAAAUAUGGCAGAUCGUCUGCUUGUAGGCAAGAUGGAGAAGGUGGACCUUGGGCUAAUCAAGUUUAUUACAUCAAAGGUUAGCUAUUAUUUACAAUAUUUACUAUAAAUUGCAUAGUUAUUUGGAUACCACUAUAGAACGACCUCAAAAUAGGGAGGCUGAAAACAAAGAACAUUCAAACAUUAUUUUUUUAUAUGAGGUCACUGAGAUAUGUCUUGAUGUAUCUGUUUUGAUUUUGUGUUUUUUUAUUUGUUUCUUACCUUUUUUUUUUUAUUUUUACCAAAACAAGUACGCCUGACCUGGUGAGACCUUUGAUUUAAUAAGUAACUUGAGGUAGUAGUCAUCCUUCACAAAAAUGAUUUAUCUCUUGGCUCAAACCCUGAUUGUUAUUAACUUCACCGAAACCUGUUUUACGCUCGUCUGAUUUCAGAUUACGAAAGUUUUGGUUGCUAUAAAGACACCCACGUUCGUGCAAUCGAUACGUUAGAAGGAAAAGAUCCUAUUCUUGAUGGUAGUUACGGGCAACGAAAAGACCCUAUCGCAAAAUGUGCCGUGGCUGCUAUGAGAGCGGGUUACAGCAUGUUUGCAGUUCAGAAUGGUGGAUGGUGUGCGUCGAGCAGAUUGGCCGAGGAGACGUUCAACAAGUAUGGCAGAUCGUCUGCUUGUCGGUCGGAUGGUGAAGGCGGACCUUGGGCCAAUCAGGUUUAUGAAUUGAAAGGUAAAUUACUAAACUUGUAGUCCUCAAAUGAGAAGAGUUGUUUUCUUUAAGAUGGAGAAAAUAUAAGGCUGAAACAGGAGUUUUUCCAUGCAUAUAUUUUAUACGUUUAGUUGAAUCUGGGAUACUCAGCCUUGAUCAAUGCAUUAAGAUCAAUUAAAAAAGGUACCAUAACAUUUGGUCUCAAUAUGAGGAAAUAUAUUUUGCGGUAAAGUUUAAUUUUUUUUACCUUAUGUCUGUGAAAAAUAAAUCAUUGAGUAAGAUUAGUCACCACUGGAGAUUACUGUAAAACGAGAGAAUAUAAACUGAUAGCAGUUUUGUUGUUAGGAUGCUACUUAGGAUAUGCUCUUUCUAGACUUUGAGAAUAAUGUCUAAUUCAUGAAUAAUUUAUUUUAUAGGUCCUCAAUUUGAAACAGUCGGGUGUUAUCAAGAUCGUGGUAGCCGUGCCAUACCAACACUCGAGAAUAAAGAACCCAUCCUUGAUGGUAACUACCGAACAAGGCAGAAAGCCAUCAAGAAAUGCUAUUACGCGGCUAAAAAGAGAGGAUUUAAGGUGUUUGCAGUUCAAGAUGGUGGGUGGUGUGCAUCUAGUCUCUCGGCUGCUAAAACUUUCAACAAAUAUGGCAGAUCGUCUGCUUGUAGGCAGGAUGGAGAAGGUGGACCUUGGGCUAAUCAAGUGUAUCACAUAAGAGGUUAGGAAACAUUUUUUCAAUAAUGUUGAGUUCUAUUUAUCCUUUUUUUAAUUUUGAUUUCGGUUAUAAGGGAGGUCUCGUGAAACUUAAGGCAAAACUGAUGUUCAGGUUGGACGCAGUUUAAUUUGAAUAAACGUAAUUGCUUUUACAUUUCUGCGCUAGAGUCGGUACGACUGGAUAUAGAUAGACCGAAAGGCGACUACGAUAUUGCCCCCCACUUAACAGAGAAGUUGAUUUUUUUUUUGUUCUUUAGGCUACAAAUCCAGUGGAUGCUAUAAAGACACCUCUAAACGUGCAAUCCAGACGCUUGAAGGAAAAGAUUCUAUCCUGGAUGGACUUUACUGGAAUAGAAAAGAUGCUAUUGCAAAAUGCGCCGUAGCUGCCACGAGAGCGGGUUACAAAAUGUUUGCAGUUCAGAAUGGUGGCUGGUGUGCAUCAAGUGCUACUGCGCCAGUGACCUUCGCCAAAUAUGGAAAAUCCACUUCUUGUAAGCAGGAUGGGGAAGGCGGACCAUGGGCUAACCAAGUUUAUUCCAUUAUGUAA